GUUCUUAUUUCAAAUUCAUUCAAUCAGAUGAAGUGAAGCAAAACAAGGUUUUCGCGCGCAUUAGUGAAGUGCUGGAUUUAUAAUAGCUUAGUUUUAAUUAUUAUCUCAGAGCUUUGUUUGAAUAUCUGAAACAAUUAAUAACUGAUUCAGAAUGUUUUCAAAAGCUAAACGAUUUGAACCUCUACCUCCACCAAAAAGCCUUGUGAUAUCUACAAACAAACAUGAUAAAGAUAAAGUUCAAAAAGCUUGCACCAAAUCACUAUCAAUUCCAUCUAAACAAACAGCAGCUUCUGCCUCAUCCACUUCAGUGCCAGGAUCUCAAAGUAUAAUAACUAAGAGGGAUACAAAUUCUAAUUGCAGCAGUUCAGCACAAAGUGUGCGCUCUUUUGUGACUCCAAAACCAGUAAAAAAUCUAACUAAUAGCAGAGCUGUUAGCAGUGCAAAAAAAACUUGUUCUAACAAUGGAAAACCAAUCAGAAAAGAAAGCAAGGAGGAAGUUCUAAAAGCUCAAGAGGUAGAAAUUCAAAACAAGAACCACACAUUAAUGGAGUAUAGGAAACAAAUAGAAGAAUUAAAAUCUGAGAUUGCUGAACUUCAAAGAUCAAUAAACACUUGCAAUGAAUUAGACAAGAAAUUUUCACAAAUUAAUUUAAAUGAAAACUAUGAAAAACCUGGAAAAGAAAAUAGUAUAAACAUUUCUGAAGUUUUCAAACCUGAUGAUAAUAUCAACAAUCUCAAAAAUACUAUAUCUCAACUAGAAAACCAAUGUGAAAAGUUAGAGGAGGAAGUUAGCAGCAAGCAAGUAGAAUUAUCAGCUCUUGAAGAGGUGAUUACAAUAAGGGAUAGCUUAUGUAAAGAUUUACAGGAUAAACUGUCUUCAACUGAAUUAUGCCUGGAGGAAACACGCCAGAGGCUAGAAAUGGUGAAGGGACAUCAUGCACUAGCAUUAGAAGCUAAUGAAAGUAUCAGACGAGAAUACAAAAUAGAAUUAGAAACAAUAAAAACUAAACUGGAGGAAGAAAAACAAGCUAUUAUAUGCAAAAAUAAAGCUGAUCAAGAGAGUAUGAAAUUAAGAUAUGAUGAUAUAAUUGAAUCUAUCAAAAACCAGAUGUUGAAAGAAAAAGAUGAUGUUAUUCAUGAGUUACAAGAACAGCUGAAUACCAAAGAACGAGAAUUUAAAGCUAAAUUUGAUCAAAUAAAUGAAGCUACACAUGAAAAGCUUAGGCUAUGUGAGAUUCAAUUUGAGGAACGGGCAAGAGCUAUCCAAGAUCACUGGUCUCUACAGCAAUCUAAAAUUCAGUAUUUGGAAAAAGAAACCAAAGAUCUUCAAUAUAGUCUUAGUGUUACUGAAGAACAAAAUAUAAAAUUACAAUCAGAAAUCAACAUUUUGAAAAAUGAAAGUGAAUCAUUAAAAUCUGAAAAAUUCAAUAUUCUCAAACAAAUAGACGAAUUAAAAGAUGAGUCAAAAAAGAAAAUUAUAGAUUUUGAGAAUCAAAUUAAUAAAUUAACUGUAGAAGUUGACAAAGCAACCAAAGAAAAAAGCAGAUUUGAAAUGUCAUUAUCGGUGACUAGAGAUAUUGUCCAAGUGUUAACUAUGCGUUUGAGGGAAUCUGAUAGUGAGCUUGAACAUUUAGAAAACACUGUACAGACAUUAACAAAUGAUAAAGAGAUUUUGGAAAAUGAACUUGCAUCAUACAAAGGCACAUUAAAAAAAACAGUUCUGGAAUGCAAUGAGUACAAGGAUGCUCUUGUAAAUAUAUUGAAAUCGAAGGCCGCACUGGCGAAAGAACACAAUCGCAUUAUGGAACAUAAUGUUUCUUUAAUUGAAAGCUUACAAAAUGUUGAAAAGGAAGCUUAUCGUGAACUUGGAUCUAUAAAGAGUGAACUCAUUGAAGAUGUUGAAAUGCUAAAGAAGGAAUCAAAUAGCCAAAUACAGAUGCUUCGUGAAGAGGUAGAGAAGAAGCGAAUGUUGUGCGAGCUGGCAACUGAACAUGCAGGUCAAGCAACGGUAGCUGCAGAACAAUCGCGUGCGUUAUUAGCUCAAGCCGCCGCGGAAAUAAGCCGUCUCGAGGCUGAGAACGGGCGAUAUCAACAACAGAUUGAAGACCAACAGUCGUUGGUUGUAGAACUUUCCUUACUUCGUCAAGAGAAUGAGGAGCUAUCAAUGACUGUUGCUAAGCAAUCGUCGAUUAUAGAUAAAAUGAAGAAAGAUAUGGAACAGAUUCAGUCUAAACCGAAGUCUCCAUCAGCAAUGCGCAAGACACAUAAAUUAGGAAAGGAAAACUUUCAGACGGUCGUGUCGCCACUACGCGAACGUAACCACUAAAUCGUUCAAUUAUUAUAUGUAAGCCAAAGUUAAUAAAUAUUUUUCCAUUCUCUAUGAAACGUUGAUUAUGUAUGACUGAAGCCACUCUCGGAAUUAUAUUUUGUUAGGCUCAGAUCAAAUAAAAUUAUUUGAUCCGAGAUAUUAGGUACAAAAUAAUUAUGGUAGCUCUUGUUCCUGUUGUAAAAUGUUCAUUGAUAUUAUUAUUGGUUAUUUGAUACUGGUUUAUUUAUUUUCAAUUGCAAAGUAUAACCAUGUUUUAUUCGUACUUUAAGUGUAAUACUUUAGGUAUUUAUUAUUGUAUGUUAAAUUGUGUGACUGCAACCUUGUUUUCUAUUUUUUUACAAUAAAUGAAUUAUGAAUGAAGUUCUUUUAAAUUCUUAGUAAUUUUCCUAU